AUGUCUGAAGUUUUCUGCCACGUUGACGUCCCGGCUCUGAAGAAAUUUGCUGCAGCUGCAGCUGCCGCCGAACAUGCUUCACGCCUCAGCAGAAAUGCCCAGAGUACGAAGAAAAGUGGUAAGAGCAAGGGCAAGGCGCGCUUGCAGGACAAAAGACCACCCCAUCCUACCGUGAUCGGAUGCGAAGAUACCGUGUGGGCUGGUGAGGAGAUGAUUCUCAUUACUUUUGACCCACAAACUGUUCCGUUGGGCCCCCACUGCAUGUUGGCCCACUUUCCGCGUGGCCGGCCGACAUUUACGACGAAAUGCCUGGUCGGCAUGACACAGGCCGCACGGGAUAUUGCACAAAUUUGCGCACCUAAAAUCUACGGCUAUUACGACAACGUGCCAAAUCCCAUCAACGCCGAAGUCGUGCUUCUUGAAAUGAGUCCUUUUUACCACUCGUCCCCUUCUCCGUGA